AUGUCUAGUGAUCUUCAAAAGAUUCUGACAAUAACCUGUCUCUUUGGAUUUUUAUGGGAUCUGACAAGUGGGAGCUUUGUGAAAAAUCAUCUGCGCUCAAGUUUUAUUCAGAGAAAACUAAGUGGCAAAGAGAAGCGUGAGAUGCAGAGAGAAAUUUUAUCCAUUCUAGGAUUACCUGGAAGACCCAGACCUGCCAGCGGAGGAGCAAUUCCCUCUUCUGCGCCACUCUUUAUGCUAGAUCUGUAUCAUGCCAUGUGCAGUGAGGAAGAGGAGGACGGCACACAGGGGGUAUCAAGGGCUUUAUUCACUACACUAAGCACACAAAGCCCACCACUGGGAGCAGUGAUCAGUGAGGCGGACACAGUCAUGAGCUUUGUUAAUAUGGUUGAAAAUGACAGAGAUAUAUUCCAACAGAAGCCUUACUGGAAAGAGUUCAAGUUCGACAUGACUCAGAUUCCAACAGGAGAAUCAGUAACAGCAGCUGAGCUUCGCCUAUUUAAGACACGCAGCUUUUCACGGCACUAUAACCGAACUCUUCAUAUCAGUGUCUACGAGAUACACAGACAACAUGGCAAUAGGGAACCCGAAUUAACUUUAUUGGACCAUGAAGGCAUCCUGGCAGGGGAUGAAGGAUGGCUGGUUUUUGAUGUCACAGCUGCCAGUAAUCAUUGGUUACGUAACUCCAAAUAUAACUUAGGGCUUCGGCUGUAUGUGGAGAAUGAUGACGGACAAAGCAUGGAUCCAAGUUUUGCAGGACUCUUGGGAAGAAGAGGACCACGUUCCAAACAACCCUUUAUGGUCACAUUUUUUCGGGCGAGUCGCAAUAGAUCCACACGAGCAGUGAAACAACUGAAAAAACGACAGCAGAAGAAAAAUAAUGAUUUGUCACAUCCUAACAAGCUUCCUGGCAUUGUUGAUCAUGUGCAUUCUGAUGGGAGACAGGUGUGCAAAAGGCAUGAGCUCUACGUCAGCUUUCGGGACCUGGGAUGGCUGGACUGGGUGAUAGCUCCUCAGGGAUAUUCAGCCUUUUACUGUGAAGGUGACUGUUCAUUUCCGCUUGACUCCUGUAUGAAUGCCACCAAUCAUGCCAUUUUGCAAUCUCUGGUUCAUCUAAUGAAGCCAGAAAGUGUCCCCAAAGCCUGCUGUGCUCCUACAAAGCUAACUGCGACUUCAGUUCUGUAUUAUGACAAUAACAACAAUGUGGUAUUAAAAAAGCAUCGAAACAUGGUUGUCAAGUCAUGUGGUUGUCACUAAACAAGAUGCGUCCAGGACUUGCCCUGACACAAAGGAGCCAGGAAGUGGAUUUAUGAAACACAAAGUAUUUCUGCUAUCAUGAAUGUUAUCAAAAGGGGAAGAAAAAGUUAUGCUUCUAUCUAAAUAUAACAUCUGCUCCCUUAGAAAAAAAAUCUCCAGUUUCCUAGUCAGAUCCACAUUUACUGAAACCUUUGCUUCCAACAUAAUUUAUUUAAUUAAUAAUUAUAUGUUUUGUGUAUCAUAAAUAUAUCAUCAAGACAAACAUAAAUCCCUGUUCCACAUACAGUCCAGCUAUUUGUACUAAAGUAGGAUAUAAAAAGUCAAUCAACAAAUACAUAAUUUAAUACAGGACAUAUCAUCAUCAUAUAAGAAAAUGACAGUAUAAAUACAAUAAAAAGUGUUAUUUAAGUUAUA